UUUAUUUAUUUAAAAAAAAGAUAAACACACGAAUUUGCAACGUUGUGUACACUGUUUAUGAAUGGAUUAUCGCCUGUAAAUCCUAUUCUUUAAUUACGGAUUUAUCUUUCCCACUGAUGAAAUAAAGAAAAGCCGCUGCCAUGACGACAGACGAGGCCGAGAAGCAGAAGGAGCAGGCGCAGGACCCCGAGCCCUCGCCCCCCCAGGAGGCCCCCGCAGGCCACGCCCCCGGCUCCCCGCGGGACGACCCGCAGCCGAAGCCUCGCAGCCGAGCCCCGGCGGGGCGGGGGCUCUCCCGCCUCCUCUCCUCCCUCCUGAGGAGGAGCUCGGGGUGCCCCGAGGGGGAGGGCCUCGAGGCCGAGCGGGCCGACCGCGACAGGGCGGGGCAGGAAGGGGCGGAGCUCAAAGCCCCCAUCGCCGACCCCGAACCCGAGCUCAGAAUCGAGGGGGACCCCACCCUCGACCAGCACUCCCUCAGCAGCGGGGAAAUACAGCUGGGCCCAGACCCCAAGGUGAAGGAGGAGCAGGCAGAGGAGGAGGAGGAGGAGGAGGAGGGAGAGAAGGUAGAGGAGGUGGAGAGGGAGGAAGAGGAGGAGGCGGAGGAGGGCGUGGAGGAGCAGGAGGAAGGAAGGGGGGAGAAGCCAGAGCGGGAGCAGGCGGAGGAGGGACAGGAGGCGGCAGAGGACCCCAAAUCCCCCGCGCCCCAACGCCGCUCACGUGUCAUGCAUUGUAAAGUCACCCUGCUGGACGACACUCUGUACGAGUGUGAGCUGGAGAAACAUGCCAAAGGCCAGGACCUGUUUGUCAAGGUCUGCGACCAUCUCAACCUGCUGGAGAGGGACUAUUAUGGUCUGGCCAUCUGGGAAACCCCCUCCAAGAAGGUCUGGCUCGACUUGACCAAGGAGGUCCGCAGACAGGUGCAAGGCAGCUCCUGUGACUUCACCUUCAAUGUGAAGUUUUACCCGCCAGAUCCAGCUCACCUGACAGAGGACAUCACCAGGUACUUCCUGGUCCUGCAGCUGCGCAAGGACAUCCAGAGCGGGCGGCUGCCCUGCUCCUUCGUCACGCUGGCGCUGCUGGGCUCCUACGCCCUGCAGUCGGAGCUGGGCGAGUACGACCCCGAUCUCCAUAGCAACGACUACGCCAAAGAGCUGCGGCUGGCCCCGGGGCAGACCAAAGAGCUGGAGGAGAAGAUGAUGGAGCUGCACCGCACCUACAAGGCUAUGACUCCAGCUCAGGCCGAUUUGAUGUUUCUGGAGAAUGCCAAGAAGCUGGCCAUGUAUGGGGUGGACCUCCACCAGGCUAAGGACCUGGACGGGGUGGACAUCAUGCUGGGCGUGUCCUCCGGCGGGCUGAUGGUCUUCAAGGACAAGCUGAGGAUCAACCGCUUCCCCUGGCCCAAGGUCCUCAAGAUCUCCUACAAGCGCAGCGGCUUCUUCAUCAAGAUCCGGCCCUCCGAGCUGGAGCACUACGAGAGCACUAUCGGCUUCAAGCUGCCAAACUACAAGGCCUCCAAAAAGCUGUGGAAGGUUUGUGUGGAGCACCACACGUUCUUCAGGCUGACCUCCACGGAAGUGGCCACCACGCCCCGCAGGUUCCUGGCCCUGGGGUCCAAGUUCCGCUACAGCGGGCGGACCCAGGCCCAAACCCGGCAGGCCAGCUCCAUGAUUGACAGGCCGGCCCCCAUGUUCCAGAGGUCCUCCAGCAAGAGGGCGUCUCGCAGCCUGGAUGGAGCGGUGGUGGUGACCCCGGACAAGAGCGCCCGUCCCGUCAGCGCGCCCCUCAUCUCCCCGGCCCCGUCCGGGGGGGAGGCCGCGCCCGCCCCCGGCCCCGCCCCCGUCACCACGGCGACCCCCCGCACCAGGCGCCGGGACCCCGGGACGCCCUCGCGGCGCACGCCCCGCUCGGAGGAGCGCAAGGCGGAGCGCAAGGCCGAGGCGAAGGCGGAGGGCCGGGCGGAGAGGUCGGCCAGGGCGGAGCCUCGGUCGGAGGUCAAGGCGGUGGCGAGGAGAGAGAGGCGGCACGCGCAGAUGGUUACCGCCGCCAACGGGGAGAGGAAGUCGCAGUCGCCACGGCAGGGGACGGACCCGACGCGGAGGAAGAAAAGAUCUAAGAAAACCGAGGCGGACACCAUUUAUAUCAGACACAGCAAUUUAAUGCUGGAGGAUUUGGAUCGGACCCAGGAGGGCAUCAUGAGGCACCACUCCAGCAUCAGCGAGCUGAAGCGGAGCUUCAUGGAGGCGGUGCCCGAGCCGCGGCCCAGCGAAUGGGACAAGCGCCUGUCCACCAACUCGCCCUUCCGCACCGCCUCCAUCAACGGGCAGCUGCAGCCGGGGGCCGGCGGGCCCCCGCUGGUGAAAACGCAGACCAUCACCAUCUCUGACGUCACCAACGCGGUCCGCGGUGACGUCUCCACGCCAACGCGGGAGGUCCCCGUCGUGCACACUGAGACCAAGACCAUCACGUAUGAGGCAGCGCAGCCGCUGGAGAGCCUGACGGACAGGGACUCCGGGGUGCUGCUGAGCGCCCAGACCAUCACCUCGGAGACGGUCAGCACGACCACGACCACGCAGAUCACCAAGACGGUGCGGGGAGGGAUCUCAGAGACGCGCAUUGAGAAGAGGAUCGUCAUCACGGGCGACACGGAGAUCGACCACGACCAGGCUCUGGCCCAGGCUAUUAAGGAGGCGAAGGAGCAGCACCCCGACAUGUCAGUCACCAGGGUGGUGGUGCACCAGGAGACGGAGAUCACCCCACAGUGAUCUGAGCACACGCUCCGGGGGAGUCAUCAGGGGAACCGGACCUGCCUCCGCCCCCCCUCGCCCCGCCCCCCCCCACACCACCCCGCCCCCUGUCCUGAUGCGAUUCUAAACCAGCAUUUACGCACUGAGCCCCUACCACCCUCACCAUCACCGAGCAGCUAACCAGAGAGGUCAACCUGCCUCAAAUCUGACCUCUCGCCUCUGACCCUGUCUAUGGACACACUGAUUGAUGCUAGCAGAGGGUUACUCACCUCCUCCCUGAUUUCCCACAGUUCCCCUCUCCUCGUCCGCUCACUGCCAAAUCCCCGAGCGGAUCGCCAGCACUGGAUGCGGCUCCAGAGUCAGCCAUCUUGGUUUUUCUAAGACAUUUUAAGGGAAUUUUAUAAUCUUGUCGCCAUUUAUAUGGGAAUUUUAAAGAUUUUUGGUGAAUUAUUAUUAUUUUUUCUCAGGAUGAUACAUUUUUAAAUUGGACAUGGUGCUGUGGAGGGGUUUGUGGGAAAUGGAGUUCUGCUGAAGCUUGCCAGUGUGUCUGUUCCAUGUGACCUUAGGCGUGGCCUACUAUAGGGGGUGGGGAAGGAGAUGGGGGCGUGUCCCCCCUCUCCUUUUCAGGCCAAUGGAUGCCAUUCCUCCGCAACCGUCCCCCCUACCCCAAAUUUGGAGACCCUAUGACACUGCACGGGCCUGUGCUCUUGCAGUGUCCCCAAAUUCACAUUUCCCAUGUGGUCCGAAUGGUAGCGAUGCGUAUCUUUCCUAAAUGGGGGCAUUUUCUCUUUCUUUGAAAAAAAUCUAACUUAUUGAUCUGUGAUAUUUAUUUAUUCUUUAGUCAGUUUGUCGUUGUGUCUCAACUAGAAAGGGGGAUAUGGGAAUAUAUUGAUACUAUGUUUUAUUAUAUUUUUAUCUGGUUUUUGUCUCAUUUCAGUGUUUGUGGAUGUAGUGUGUUAGUCACUGCAGCUUUGUAAAAGUGAAAUGCCAGUCUUUCUGAAGGAAAAUAGAAAAUUCCACUUUCAGCGGGGCUGCAAGCCCGCAUUGGCAAAGAACAGUAUUGAAUUUCUGUUACGUUGGAUGCAUUUUUACUCUUCCACCAAAGGGGGCAGUAUGCGUUCAUCAACUGUAUAACGUUCUGCUUUGUCCAAAUCCAAACCUAACAGAUGUCCAAUUAGAGAAAGCAAUUGCAAAGUAGGCAUCCAUAUUGAAUUUAAUUAUUUAACGCAUAUUCUCUGUGGUCAUUUAAGUCACUGUUGUGAUAUCAAAGGAUACAAUACAAUGUCCACAUGGUACAAGCUCUUUGACAUUGCUAUCUCAGCUUGUUUUGAAGAUAAUGGGGAAAACCUCCUGCGGAAUUCAAAUAUCCCUGUAGUGCAAGUCAGCACAAAGCGAGGAGUUUAUCUCUUCAAAUUGUUUUUGUUUUUUUUAAAGGUUUUAUCCAUUUCCUGUAUGAUUUCAUUAGUCUCUUGCAUUGUGUCAUGCUCUUUUCUCCCUCUCGGUGUCGAGACUGGGGAAUGGGGAGAUGAAUCUGCAAAACCCAUUUUCCCUGUCGCUGUGAAAAGAGAAACAAGCGAGAGAAAUGUAAUGCGUUAAGAUCACAUGCCGUGCUGUCAUAUUUUGUAGGAGAUCAGACUGUGCUUCUUGUUUUUGUUUCUGUUGUUGUUGUGCGUUUCUCUUGCUUUUUUUAUGUUGUAUAUAUGUAUAUAGAACCCGCUGAUCCUGACUUUUCACUCAACCUGGGAAGGUAUAUUUUUAACGGGAUGUUGGUCACUGGUUUCCUCAAGGCAAGACCUGCCCCCAUUUUGGGAAAUUGCAGGAUGCUCAGAGCCAAAAUGGGUUAUUGCAACAAUAAUUGCUGCCAACUCUUACAGGCAAAACGUCAAUAGAUCACCCACCAAAAGUAGCCUAUUGCUGACAAGAAAAAGUGUGGGACUGGAGAUGGUCCAUUGGGGAAUUAGAAAACUUUGCUUAUUUUCUACCAGAUCCCUUCAUUUUUGGGCAUGGUAUGAAACUCCUGUCAGAUUUUUCUUUGACAAAUUAGAGAAGCAAAACAGCGGCCUCCAUGUGUAAACAGGGCUAAUGUAACUGCACGUAAAAAAACUGGCAGGUUGGCAAGUCACAGGCGAGUCAGCCAAGCACCACGGACGUUCUCUGCUGCGGAGGACUGUCAAAUGUGGAGAAUAUCCUUCAGGCAGUUGAGCAGGCCACAGAUGUUUCUAGGUGAAGAAGUGAGGCUGGCACCACAGACAGCCUGGCUCUGGACACUGUGAAACAUCCGCGAGCGAUUAUGAUGGAAUUUUAGCGGCUGGGCCCUGUUUACACGGGUAUGUGAUUUAUCUGAACGCGGAACAGACCAGCUCGUCCCCUGGGUCCGGCUCGCGUCGCCGCGAAGAGCCAGCUGUAGCCCCACGUCCGAGGCAUAGUUUACCGUGAGAGUCAACAGAAUCCGAAGCGACGGCAUAUACAAACUCCACCGCGCUGACAGCUCCGCUCCGAGAGGCUCGUAGAGCGAGCUGCAGAAAGCCGUGUGGGAGUUGUGCCGUUGCCAAGCGGAAUGUAAGCCCAGCUCCGUGUGGUUUCACUUACCUGAGUCUUGGGCCCAUUAACAAACAACAGGAACGACAAACCGAGCGCUGUUUAUUUCCGCACUGACUAUAAACAUCUCUCUCAAGCCGAAUGUUUACAUGCGUAAUGGCUUCAUCUAACCGGCGGUUCUGUUCCUUGUCCCGUAUGGGAUGUGACUGCCCGGGACAAGUUCAUUAAAAUGCUGAGCCAAACGACGGCGUAUUGAAAGCAGCUGGGCCUUAUGUCCACCAACAGGCCAGAUGUAACGGCGGACAUUUUGUGACUCUGCUGGCGCGCUAGGCCUCUUUUUCUCUUUGUCGUUGUAAGUAGGCUACUCGAGUUAUUUUUCUAAAUUUUUAUAAAAGAGAAGCUGUUGCCGGUGCCUCUGUCUCUGUUUUUCGUGUCAUUUUGUAACGUGCUGGUUUUGUUUUUGUUUUUUUUUUAAAACAAACUGGAUUCGCGAACUGCGCACGACCAAGAGUAAUGUCUGGCUGCUCUUUUCAACCGGCCCAGAUUAGUAUAAAUGUCGCAGUGGAUAUAAGCAUUUGUAUAUUUUUGGAUUGCCGAAAUCGAAAUGUCUGAGUGAAAAGUAUAAUUUAUUUUGUAAAUGGACACUUAACGCGCGCUGAUAACUUGUAUAGAAUAGAAAUUGUAUCUUUUUUUCCCCCUUCAUGCAUCUUUUCAUUUUGUGUCUUAGAAAAGAAAAUAUGUAGGCCUAGAGAACAGUUAGAUGCCUGACGUUACUUCUUUGUGGUUUCGCUAGAGGAGUUAAAAGUAUAGCUCGGGAGAGAGACGCCUCCCCAGAGAUAUCCAUCUUCUCUCAAGCUUCUCCUUUUUAUAAUGCAAAACUGCAGUAAGACCCUGGAGUAGCAGCCGCCAUUGUGAUUUUAUGGACUUGCUUUCUUCUAUUUCAUUCUUGGAAAAAAAGUUAGCAAAACAAAAGUGGAAAAUAAAAUUUUUGAUUAAAUCUUAAA